AUGGCCGCUGGGGGUCCCGUGGCGGAGCUGUGCGAGGAGGCGACCUGCCCCAUCUGCCUGGAGUUUUUCCAGGAUCCCGUCACGAUCGCCAAGUGCGGCCACAACUUCUGCCGAGCCUGCCUCGCGCGGAGCUGGGGGGAGUCGCCGGCCGAGGCUUCCUGCCCCCAAUGCAGAGGAAUUGCUCAGCCAGGGGACCUCCGCCCGAACAGGCAACUGGCCAACGUUGUCGAAAUAGUGAAGAGAAUGAGUCUUCCGGGGGGGAAUGAGGAAGAAGCAAAGAAUGGGAGGAUUUGCAAGAAACACCAGGAGAGCCUGAACCUUUUUUGCCAAGACGACGCGACCCUCUUGUGCGUGGUCUGCGAAAGGUCCAAGGAGCACAAAGAGCACGAGGUGAUUCCGGCUCAGGAGGCUGCCGAGAAGUAUAAGGAUAAAUUCUGUAGCUGCCUGGAAACUCUGAAGAAGAAGAAAGAAAGAAUUCUGGCAUGUAAAGCAGAAAUAGAAAAGGAAAGCCGAGAGCUGUUUGAGCAAACAGGAACGGAGAGGCAAGAGAUGGUGGCUGAGUGCAGACAAUUACGCCAGUUUCUGGAGGAAAGAGAGAGACUUCUGCUGGCCCAGAUGGAAGAGGUGGAGGAGGAGAUUGCAAGAGAAAGGGAUGAGCGUCUGGAAAGGCUCUCUGUGGAACUCUCCUCUCUUGAAAGUCUCACUAGAGAGAUGGAGGAGAAGAUUCAGCAGCCACCCGGUGAACUUUUGCAGGAUGUCAGAAGCACCUUGCAGAGGUGUGAGGAGAAGGAUAAUUUUGAGACUCUGGAAGCUUUUCCUCCUGCAUUGAAGUGGAGAAUCUGGGACAUCUAUGACCUUAAUGUCUUACUGAAAGGUGUCACAAAGCAAUUCAAAGACACUUUGGUCUCUGGUCUUCAGCCACAAAGAGCAAAUGUGAGAUUGGAUCCCUACACAGCCCAUCCUGAACUCAUCCUGUCCAACAACACAAAAAGCCUGAGAUGGAGAGAAAAAACCCAAGAUCUGCCCAGCAACCCUGAGAGAUUUGACUACUGGAGUGCUGUGCUGGGAUGUGAGGGAUUCACAGGAGGGCGACAUUUCUGGGAUGUCACUGUGGGAAUUGAGGGAGACUGGUUUGUGGGUGUUGCCAGGAGGUCUGUGAAGAGGAAGGGAAAGAGCUCCUUAAGGGUUGGUACUUGGAGUAUAGGGAAGAUAGGUGAGUUGUAUCAAACAAUUGAUGACUUUCCUCUGUUCCUGAGUUCAGAGCCCAAAAGGAUCCGAGUGUCUCUGAACUAUGCUGGGGGGCAAGUGGCCUUUUUUGAUGCUGACAAAGCAGCCAUUCUGUUUGUGUUCUCAGACACCUACUUUGGUAGGGAGACCCUUCAGCCCUUCUUUCUCGUGAUCAACAAAGGCCGCCUCAGGCUUUCUCCUUAAGUUAAUAACAUGUCUCUCACAGGAUGUCAGUUCUAAGGUCCUUACACUAUGGCAGGCAAACCUCUGGACCCUCACAUCAAGCACACUGAGGUUCUUGGUUGAAAAGGCUUUAUUCCAGAAAUAAGCAUUGUCCAUAGGAAAGACCCUAAGUUGAUCAGGAAGUUUGUAGGAAUAACCAAAAGACAAAAUUACAUAUGGAUAUAGGGUUCCUCAUUCCCCCCUCCCAUCUCCUUAGCAUAUCUGUGGCGGGAAAAGCUCAGACAGAAUUCUCAGGGGAAAGUACAGGUCUAAUUAUCGGGAAGACAUUAAAUCAAAACAAUUCUGGCAUACACAGCUGUGGAGACAAGGUCGCCGCGCUGAGAGAGACAUUAUCAGAGAAGAUAAGAUGUUUCACAAGCCUGUGAAAGGAAUUUAGGUUAGAACAACUGCAAUGUAAUAUCAAGGCACAGCAAAAUAACUUGGCAAUCAAUGCAUAGCUAUGACAUAGCAACUUAAUGGCAUGAAUGGGGUACAGUCAUGACACAGGCCCUGUAGGUGUUGCUCAUAAGACCAGAGUGAUGAAUCAAAAACAUAUACUGUUUAUUUCCCAAGAGCGGCUUUUCUGGACCUUUGAAGUUUUCUGGACGGUUUGGGGCCAAACUAGACAGGAUGAUCAGCUAUCAGAUUUUCAGCAUAAGGAAAAAAAAGUGCAGCUGGCAGUGGAAUAGGGGGAAAGUCUGGGAAGGCAAAGCUAUUCUAGAAGUUGUGCUAUGGGCCAUUAUCCUGAAUCUCACCUCCUCAAAGGCUGCUCUUUGCUUCUCAGGUGGAACACGUUCAGGCAGUACGGUGCACUCACAAUCAGGCGGGUUGUUUAAAAAAAAUAAAGGAAAGGUUGAGAGGGAAGAGAAGGACUAGCAAAGAGGGGGCUUAUACACUGUGUUAUGUAAUUUUGGCUAGUCUUAGUAUAAGAUAUGCAUAGGUUUUAUUUUUGGCUUAUCUAUGGACUAAUGAAGCUACCUGUAUCCUUUGUCAACUUUGAAAAUACUCACAUUUAACUCCUAAAGAAGGGGAUUUUUUUAAGAUGGAGGAUAAAGAAAUUGGGAAGACACAGCAGGUAGUACUACUCCUUUUUGGUUCUCAUGGAAUCUUUCCUGAUUGCAUUGACACAACUAAAGUAAUGCAUAGUUUGGUCUGUAAUAACUAUUCUGAAAGCAUAGCCUGGUACCCAGCGUUACUUCUCUGAUGGACUGGGGAAGGGAGGGAAAGGGCCCACCCUCGCACUCUUUAGCCUCCCCUUGCUGCUCUCUCGGGCUCUAGGGAUAGUAAAGCUAUCGGCCACAAUCUAGGUGUUGUAGGAUGAGUUAUGCCUUGGAAAUCCUUCCUCCCUGUGUUUUAUAUUAGAAAGAUCCACACUUCCCCAGGCUCCCUGUCUCUAUAAAAGAGUUGUGCCACAUAAGCAUACUCAAAGAUCCACAGCAGGUGAGAAAAACUCCACCCAACAUUUAGGAUGGAAACGUCAUAUAAAGAAAGGUAGGACAUUAAAAAGGACAUUAACGACAAAAUAUAAACACAGCUCAACUGUUAGCUGGAGCGAGCAGGAACAUGAACAUCACUCCCAUCUUACAGUCACUCCAUUGGCUGCCAAUCAGUUACUGUGCUCAGUUCAAGGUAUUGGUUAUUACAUACAAAGCUCUUCACGGUCUUGGCCCAGCUUUGCUAAUGAGUUAGGGACUUCACUACUAUGUUGCCUUACGUAUCUGUUGCUUUAAAUACGUAUGCCUAUAUACUACCUGUGCUUUAUGUUGCUUAAUGUAAGUCCUAGAAUUGAUUCUGUUCUGUUUCAGCAGUUCUUCAACUCUGUAUUGGAUCCUUGCUAAAGCUACUUCUUUGUAAACUUGUAUUUAUUUAUCCUAUAGCAUUGUUUAUGGAAAUGUCCUUGACACUGUAUGGAAAUGUCCUUGCUACUGAUUGUACUAAUCUCACGCUAUAUAAUCCACCUUGGGUCUCAGUGAGAGAG